UGUAGCUUUUUCAUUGGUCAAUUCUUGAUGACUCCUAAUUAAUCGCCCUCAUGUGCAGGUGUGCAGGUGUGUGCAAGUGGGCAGAACACAGCGAUGUCUUGCAAACAGAAAAGAGAUAAAAUAAUUUUGUUUUUAUUUGUUGUAACCUUUUGUGUUUACACGUUUCAAGUUAGUCAUUCGUUAAGUUUAGGACAAUGGGAGAAAGGUUUAACUGCCUACCAGGUUCAAGGGGCAACCGCUACCGAGCGGAAAAGGAUUAAACGCGAAAACGACGCCCGGCAGGGACAGAUUAUCCAGGCCCCGAGUCUGCGAAAAUCUACCCAGCGGGGGUUCACGGAGGUUCGGCCGGAAUCUGCUACCUUUCCCGCAGAGCCAAUCCCUGAUCGUUCACCUACACUUGAUGACCGCUUGUCUUCGAUUGUUGGCAAUAUUAGAACGGAACCAAGGUCCUCGGCUUCAGACUCUAAAGAUGGAUAUCAAGCAGAUUUUGCAGGUUUUCAUGGAGUCCAGGGGAAGAUUAUGGGUCCAUCACUUAACACCAGUCCACAUUUCUCUGAGUGGCUGCCUACGGGGCCCUUGGUGCAGUGUCAUAAUAGUAUCAUGAGCGUCACUGCCUCUGGAGAAGGAUUCACACACCUGUUUGUGGACAGAGAGGGAGCCUCGCCCAUCUCCCUGUUCCAGUUACCUCCUUACUGUGGCUACUCAGUGAGGACGUCAUGGAGUGACCUUGAGAUGAUUGUGUCUUAUGAUGCAUGUUACAUUAAACAGGAGAAUGGAAGGUAUGUGCUGCCCCUGUUGUGGCGGGGCAGCCCACUGAAUCUCUCCUGUCCGGUGCAGAUGUCGACUCCUGUCCCCUCCUAUUCUCAGUCUGUCCCCUCAGUCUUCUGCUCCCCAUAUGGCAUGGCCGUGCAGAUACAUGGGCAGGAGCAGGACAUACAGAUGCUAAAAGUCAGAGUGAAUGGAGGUUGGGCUGUGUUUGUAUCUUUGGACUGUGCGUACCCCCUCCCCUCACAAUCUGGGGGGCCGGCCUUCUUCAUCUCCUACGGUGCUCCUUGUAUCACUUUUGACGAUGGACUUCAUCUUCAUCUUAAACUAGAUGAUCAGGAAUACAUCCUCUCCUGUCCAGUCAAUCUUCCGUUUCUCUUCAUUCCUUUUCAUCCUCUGUCUCCUGGUAACCCCCAGUUUCUCUAUACUCCAUAUCCUGUCAGCCCUGCACCCACCUCCCCUCCUUUCCCUUCUCGAACUCCAUCUCAGGAGCAGAUUGCUCAGCUUCCUGACUACCCCCACUACCCCUAUCCUGGAUUCCAAAACUCUCAGCUCCACCAGUUCUUCUAUCCUGGCUCACAACCUGACCAGCCCGCUCAGAUUUUUGUCCCGUCUUCCCCUCCGCCACCUCCUACCACCACGACUACCACUAGGCCAAUGAUUCUCAAACAAUCUGACAGUCCCAACCAUCCCUUCAGCCAGUUUUAUCCCCAAACACCCAUUUACUUCCCUCCACUGCCCGCCAAAGAGAAAUUUCAAACUACUCCUCAGGAACCAGCGGCUUCACCAGCCACCUGUCCCUUUGAUACUCAUGCCAUUUGUAGAUACAACCCUUACCCCUAUUACCAUUCUCUAUACCCACCUUACCCCCCUGUGCCCCAGUGUACAGAGACUGAACCAACAAUGACCACUACACCUCCUUCCUCCACAAGUUCUACAACUUCUACCACGGCUUUACGCACUGCACAGGUCCCCCAUCUCCAGUGUCUGAUGGGGAAAAUGGUUGUCUUUCUGCCUUUUGCUCACCCAGACUCCAUCCAGGUCAGAGACCAAAUGAAGAAAUGGCUGUACAUCUCCAGUGUGUCUCCACUGUGUUGGUACAUGCUGCAGAUGGCUGAGGGCUCUGGGGUAAUCCUUCACUCUCCUUUGCCUGCCUGCCACAGCCAGUCACGGACUCCCAUGACCAUUUCCUUAGCUCUGAGAUUUUGGGACCUUUCCAUGGCGCAGUAUAGGACUCUGGACCUGCAAUGCCCAUAUGAAUCUACCCCUGAAACUUCUGCACCAGUUACCCCAUCAUUGUACCCUACUUUACCCAGCACUGCUAAGUCCAGUUUGUCUGUUGUCCCAAAGCCCAAAGUCUUCUGCACCUCCCAUCAGAUGAAUGUGGAGCUCCCCUCUGGUCCCAUCUCUGGAAUUGUUGUUAAAGACAUUAAAGGGAACCAGAUGAACCUCCAGGAUGCCCCGGAGCACUGUGGGUAUUCUGCAAGACAAGGCAAAGAGGGCAAAAUUCUUUUGAGUCUCCAGUUGCACUCACGCUGCCACAUGAGUGUGCAGGGUAAAAUGUACAUCAUCACUGUCAUCUACAUGACAGUAAGUGGGGGACGGGAGGCUCAGUUAUCCUGUCCAGUUGUCGUCACAGGGUCUGGGCAAGAGUGCAACCUUCCCAGCGAACAGCGUCUCCCCUGCAGACCUGGCUCUGUAUUCCAGCCACAGUGCCUCUCCAUGGGUUGCUGCUUUAGCAAGCACCCCCCUGCCUGCUACUACCCCAUGGAUGAGUGCACUAUUGAUCGGCACUUUGUCUUCUCCGUGCCGGCCUCCCUCACGGAGCCCCCUUUUUCUCCUGCCCUGCUUGUCACUGCCGGCAACUCCGCCUGCAAACCUCAGAGAGUGACUUCUGACUAUGCCUUGUUCAAGAUCCCGAUGGAUGGCUGUGGGACACGCAGAGUGACGGCAGGGAAAACGGUCAUCUACAUGGUGGAGGUCAUCAACAAGGUUCAGUCAAUCAGCCUCAACUAUGGCACCAUCACAAGGGAUUCUCCUGUCAGGUUGUUGGUGGAGUGCAGGUUUCUGCCAGGGAGUGUUCUGAGUGUGAGCUACUUGGUUAAAACUCCCACCCUGGGACCUGAAGUUCAGACCAAGGGGAUGUUUGGAGUCCAGCUUAGGAUUGCCAAAGACGCGCAGUACAGCAGCUACUACCCUCAGUAUCACCAGCCACUGCAGAUGCUUCUGGGGAAACCCCUCUACCUGGAAGUGCGGUUGCUCAAUGCCCCGGAUCCCAGUUUGGUACUGUUGGUGCACUUCUGCGUGGCCUACCCCCGCUCUGGAAAUGUUGUGUGGCAGCUGCUUUACAACGGAUGUCCCAACCCCUUGGACCCAGACUUGCAGCAGGCUGUGGUAUCUGAUCCCCGGCCGCCCUCUCCUCAGGCCCGCCGCUUCACCAUUAGUACCUUCCAGUUCCUUCCGGAUAGUGAGUUGAAGGACCAAGAUGAGGAGAUUUACUUCAUGUGUUCAACUGAAAUAUGCUCGCCAAAGGAUGGGCCUUGUGUCGAGGGAUGCUUUGGCCAGUAAAGGUAAGAAAAAAAAGUACCUUUCGGUUCUCAAAUCACCCACCCCGCCCUUAUGAACUUUGGAAAAAUGAAAACACCCAUGAACAAGCCUUAUUGCAACUGAAAACCGCCUGAGAGCCAGCAGUAGCUGCAGUACCACAUGACAGCAGGGCAAUCAUUUAGUAAUGAAAGUUUUGAAUUAUUUAUUAAGACUGAUCC